AUGGUCCUGGACGGGAUGAGGAAUGAAGCGUAUGAGAGGGCCAUCACGCGGGCGAUUGAGAUCAAGCGCGGGCUCGGGGCCAAAAAAGUGAAUGUGCUCGACAUCGGCGCUGGAUCCGGCAUCCUCUCACUCAUGGCCGACAGGGCUGGCGCGGACAGAGUCAUAGGGGCGGAGAUCGGGCAGCACAUGUGCGACGUGGCAGCGGAGGCAGUGGUCAUGAACGGCUACGGAGCCAAGUGCCUGAUGAUCAACGAGGACGUGCGCCGCAUCGAUGCGGCUGCUAAACCGGAUGGCACGCCGCCUGACUUGGAGCAGAAGGCCAACGUGUGCGUCUUUGAGGUGCCGAUGGCAGCCACGGUGUACUGCCAGCCAAUACAGAUGCGCACAGAGCGCGUGCUGGGCUUUGACAUGGCACAGGCUAACCAGUGGAGAUGGCGCCCCGAGUCGCAGUGGAAGGCUCUUGGUUGUGUGACAGAGGUGUUUGCAUUCGACUUCCAUGAGGCAGAAGCCAACAUGCAGGCGGCUGAGGUGGCCCUGCACAUGACAGCGCACACCGGAGGCACAUGCAACGCCGUCGCCUUCUGGUUCACCCUGCAGCUGGACGAGGAGACCGAACUGCACACCAGCCCCUACACAGACAAGAAUUGGAAGACCUGA